AUGGGUGUCACCGGUCUCUGGACUGUUGUCCAACCCUGCGCGCGACCGGUCAAACUUGAAACCCUGAACCGAAAACGUCUCGCCGUCGACGCGUCGAUAUGGAUCUACCAGUUCCUCAAGGCUGUGCGAGAUAAAGAGGGUAAUGCUUUGAGGAAUGCGCACGUCGUCGGCUUCUUCCGUCGAAUAUGCAAACUUCUAUACUUCGGGAUCAAACCGGUUUUUGUGUUUGACGGUGGAGCCCCGAUCCUCAAACGUCAGACCAUCGCAGCACGAAGGACAAGGCGAGAGGGCAGAAGAGAGGAUGCUGUGCGGACUGCUGGAAAACUGCUGGCCGUGCAGAUCCAAAGACGGGCGGAGGAAGAGGCGAAACGUGCGGCUGCUCGUCAUGAAGCUGCCGAAGAGCAAGAAGAUUUGGGAGAGGCCGUUUAUGUAGACGAGAUAUUCAUGACACCGAAAGAGAAACAACAGAACCGAAAGUUUCGAAAGCAGGAUGCAUACCACCUGCCUGACCUUGAAGUCGGGCUUGAUCAACUGGGUGGACCGGAUGAUCCGCGGAUUAUGUCCCAAGAAGAGUUGGAAGAAUAUGCACGACAAUUCCACAAUGGCGAAGACAUUAAUCUUUAUGACUUUUCUAAAAUUGACUUUGAUGGCCCAUUUUUCAUGAGCCUACCGGCGACGGACCGCUACAAUAUUCUAAAUGCUGCGCGAAUCCGUAGCCGCUUGCGAAUGGGUUAUUCUAAAGAACAACUCGACUCGAUGUUUCCGGACCGAAUGGCCUUUUCCAAGUUUCAAAUUGAGCGAGUUAAGGAACGUAAUGAUCUUACUCAGAGAUUAAUGAAUCUCAACGGCAUGAAUGGCGCAGACGUUGCCUUUGAUUUCGAGUCAGGUCGACGUAUAGCUGGAGAACGUGGGAUGGAAUAUGUUCUCGUAAAAAAUCCUGAUGUUGAGGGUGGAUGGGCUCUUGGCGUCGUUGGAAAUAAAGAGGGUGCAGCUGUAGACCGACCAAUUGACGUUGAUCAAUACGGUCAACCGGACGUCCUUCCAGUCAAGGAUGACGAAGAUGAUGAUGAUGCCUUUGAGGAUGUGCCGAUCGAAGGCCUGAACAGGCUUCCUAUCUUACAAAAGGGCGUUUUCGAUGAGUCAAUUCGACGACAGACCGCGAAUCGAAAAAAUGAUGCUUAUGCUACGCAACGUCAGGUUGCUGCUCAAACAGCCGAGGAGGAAGACGAAGACGCAUUAUUUUUUUCAGCGGCUGCAGAGGCUGACGAUCAAUAUCUCGACGAUAUCUUUGAUGAUAAUGAGGAUGAAGACCUGCAAAGAGCAAUAGCUAUGUCUUUGGAAAAUCCACAGGAAGAUGAGCACAAGAAAACUUUGCCAGUAACCAGCGACGUUCAAUCUUCUGCGGCACCUAUACACGAGUCAGAAGGCAGCCCUGAAAGUGAUGAUGAUGAAAUGGAUUUCGCAGCAGCGUUGGCACGAUCCAAGCAAUCUCAACCAGGACCUAAACCCAAGUCCAUGGGUCCAGAAGUUGGGCCAGAACAUAAGUUUAGUGGACCGUUGCCAUUCGAGUCUUUGAAAAUCAACAGACGAGCAAAGGAAGAGCUCCCACAGGCUGCUCCUCUCGCUGACGAUGCCGGAGGCUUUGAGAAGCAAGCUGAAAGUAUUCAGAGCAAGGCGAAGAAGAAAGCUGCUGCUCUUCCUCCAUGGUUUGCCAAAGAAGAUGAGAUCAAGCAAGACUUUAUAGAUGACCAAGUUGAAGUAGAGCCUAUGAAAACAACCUACGAUGAUGUCGUCUUUGAGGAACUAAAACCUUUGCAAAAGCGCAUGUCGCCCGAUAUCAUUGACGUGGAUGAGAUAUCAAAUUCUAAGCAUGUCAUCGAUCUGGACUCUGAGACUGGCACGCCAGAUAAUCGACUCCAGCACACGGACGAGAAUUCCGUCACAACAGAGCACCCAGUUCUAAUGAAUGACAUUGCCGAAAACGUUCGAACAACCCCCCCUAAACCGUCUGAACCAGUCACAGUGCCUCGUGAGUCUCUUACUAAAACUCUUUCAGUAGGGGAGGACGUCUCUGAGAAAGCUCUUUCAGACUGGGAGCCAACGGACGAUGAGAGAGAGCCAGUCGGCACCGUUGCAGAGCCGAAGUCACCCUCUCCGGAGUUUGAAGACGUCGUCCCGCCUGCUCAUAAUGCAGUACAGGACUCUUUAAACAAUGCAACUUCUUUACUUGAAGACGACACUGCUCUUUUUGAAGCGCAAGAUGGUGCUGAUGUUGGCAACCAGGGAGACUAUUCUGACCCCGAAGAGGAAGAUCUGAUGUUACAGCUCGCUGCAGAGACAGAGGAGCAUGCGCGCUUUGUUUCUACGUUCAACAACAAGACACAGACGGAAAACGCACGAGAUUUUGAACAAGAAUUAAAACAACUACGGAACCAACAGAAGAAAGACCGACGAGACGCCGACGAAGUGUCUCAAAUUAUGGUUGCCGAAUGUCAGCAGCUUCUCCGUCUGUUUGGUUUACCGUACAUCACUGCGCCUAUGGAAGCCGAAGCACAAUGUGCCCAACUGGUGUCUCUUGGUCUUGUAGAUGGGAUUGUCACGGAUGACAGCGAUACCUUCCUUUUUGGGGGCACUCGAAUUUACAAAAAUAUGUUCAACCAAAGCAAGUUUGUCGAAUGCUUCCUCUCCAACGACCUCGAGAAAGAAUACGCACUAGAUCGAGUUAAAUUUAUUCAGUUUGCUCACCUGCUCGGGAGCGAUUAUACUGAAGGUAUACCCGGUGUAGGGCCGGUAACGGCAUUGGAAAUCAUUACCGAGUUCACAAGUCUUGACGAAUUCCGUGCUUGGUGGUUGCAGGUGCAGAUGGGAGCCGAAAUACCCAAUGAUCCUCACCAGCGGUUCCGCAAGAAGUUCAAAAAGAUGGCGUCGAAGCUUUUUCUACCGCCGUCGUUUCCCGAUCGCCAUAUCGAUGAGGCGUAUCUCAAUCCCGAGGUGGACAGUGACACAUCUGAGUUUCAAUGGGGCGUGCCAGAUCUAAAUGGCCUGCGAAAGUUCCUCAUGGCGACGAUUGGCUGGUCUCAGGAGCGCACCGAUGAGGUUUUGGUUCCAGUGAUUCGUGAUAUGAACAAACGAGAACAGGAAGGAACACAGUCCAACAUCACGCGCUAUAUGAGCGGCGGGCUUGGUGCUGGCGCUUUUGCGCCACGGGUGCGCGCCGAGGGCAAGAGCCGCAUGGACAAAGCUUUGGGACGACUGCGAAGUGAGGCAGAAAGUCGAAAGCGGGGGUCUGAAGGGAACACAACGGAGGAUGCGCAGGAUGAUGGAGAGCGCUCUGAAUCUAGUAAGAAGAGGCGUAAGAGAAGCAGCCGGAAAGACCAGUGA